UUCUAUUUUUAUGAAACUUCUGAGUUUCCAGACAAAACAAUGUUCGCAUAAACCCCCCAACUGAAACUGUUGCUGACUUCGCCUCUGCCUCCGAGUCCUCCACCACCUGCAUCUCUCAGUCACUGUAUCCGUUCAUUCUCUCUACAUCUCCGGUGGGCCCUAGAAACGGUGGGGCCCAGCAACGAGAUGCAAAAUUAACCACUUGGGUUCGUGGAGUGGCCAUGGGGACAUCGAUCUAAGACUUCCACUUUCUUCAAACCUUGGUGUUGGUGUUUGGAACAUAAUGGAUCACCAAUCUGUUCAUGGAUUUGAUUCAGACGAAAGUGACUUAGAUAUGCAUGCUGAAACCUAUGAAAAUAAUGAAGGGAUGGAAGAUGUGCUUUCUGAGAACCUGGACUUGUGUUUAGAUGAAAAGGAUGGGAUAGCAGAACCAUCAGCAGAUCUACCUAUGAACAUAGAAGCUUUAGAACCAAAUAUAGGCAUGGAGUUCAACUCAAGAGAUGAAGCGAGAGAAUUUUAUGUUGCAUAUGGCAGACGAUCCGGUUUUACUGUACGGAUACACCACAAUCGUCGCUCAAGAGUAAACAAUCAGGUUAUUGGUCAAGAUUUUGUUUGCUCGAAAGAAGGCUUUCGUGCAAAAAAGUAUGUACACAGAAAAGACAGAGUUCUUCCUCCACCGCCAGUAACCCGUGAGGGCUGUCAAGCUAUGAUAAGGCUAGCUUUAAGAGAUGGACUAAAGUGGGUAGUCACAAAAUUUGUUAAAGAGCAUAAUCAUAAACUAAUGAGUCCCAGCAAGGUUCCAUGGCGGGGAUCAGGAAAGCACUUAGCAAGUGAGGAUGAGAAGGAUAAAAGAAUCCGUGAACUAUCCCUUGAGUUGUACAAUGAGAGGCAAAAAUGUAAGCGACGCUGCGCUGCAUACGAAGAACAGUUAAAUUUGAUUUUGAAAGAUUUGGAAAAACAUACAGAGCACAUGUCAAAAAAAGUGGCGGAUAUAGUUCAGAGCAUAAGAGAGAUUGAGGAGGAACAAUCGGAGGACUCAGAUAGUGGAUGGACUUAGUGCCCAUUAAUCAUUUUCAGGAGCCAUCUAACAACUAGCAAUUCACCUAUGGUUUAGGUUGAAGUUCCCAAAGAUGAUAAAGUUAGUCCCACAAAAUUGAUUAUUUUCCAGAAAAUUGGCAGCUGAUGUUUGAUGUCUGGUCAAGAUGCUCAUGCUCGAUGAAGUCUUUAUGAGUAAAUUGAGCAGAAAUCAUAUGUCGAAUUGUGUCCCGGAUCAUUCUCAUGUUGUAUCUUAAUGUAUUAAUUUUUUUUUCUUCUCUCAAAUCAAAUUUUCAAUUGUUGCUGUAACAUUUUAAUUUUUCUUGCAAGAGAAUAGAAUCAAAACCCAC